AUGGCCGACCCGGAGCUUAAGAAAAGUAAAGUAUCGAUGAUGGCUAUGAAGAGUCAGUCGCAUACACGAUCGCAUGCAGCAUUCGGUUCUAAAUCAAUGAGUAGAAUGAAAAUGAGGAAGGGAUCUUUUGGUUUCGCCAGUGUGCCCGGAAUCAGACCUGUGGAAAGAACUUCUCAGCUGGCCAUAGAGUUUAAGCGUCCACCGUUACUAUUCCUGAACACGUACCAAUUAGAUCCGCACCCGGAUGGUAUAUUUAAUGUUCCAAAAGUUAGAAAAAUUACAGAAGAAACAUUAAAUGAAAACUUCACUGGUCAUCGCUACAAUAUGCAGGAAUCACCAGCGGUCGCAUUGAAAAUAGCAGGUGAAGUAAUGCGUAAAGUCAAAGCUUUGCAAUUUAAUCGAUACAGAAUAUGUACUGUCGUCACUAUUGGACAAAAGCGAGCUCAAAGCUACAAUAACGCAGUGUCGUUCCUGUGGGACCACGAAAGGGAUAAUUACUUCGAUGCUCAGAGAGAAGAGAGUACUGCGUUCAUACAAGUUACCACGUUCGGGGUUUAUCUUGAUUAG